CGGACACAGCGGCGGCGGCGGACACGGCGGCGGCGGCGCUGACACCUCCCACCAUGGACAGCUUCGACUUAGCCCUGCUCCAGGAAUGGGACCUCGAGUCGCUGUGGGGUGAAGAUAUCCUAAGCCAGAGGAAUGAUUCUCUAGUUCUGGAAGUUCAGGCGUCAGCCAGCAGAUGCAGGAGGUAUCAUUCUGGUGUCUAUGAACCGGACAGGAAUGCGUUACGGAGGAAAGAGCGAGAAAGAAGAAGUCAAGAAACCCAGCAGGACAGUGGCGGCUUUAACUCGGGUUACUCACUCUUCAGCGAACCCUACAAGACUAACAAGGGGGAUGAACUCUCCAACCGGAUCCAGAAUACACUAGGAAAUUAUGACGAGAUGAAAGACUUUUUAACUGAUAGAUCCAACCAGAGUCAUCUUGUUGGCGUCCCCAAGCCGGGUGUCCCUCAGACUCCCGUGAACAAGAUCGAUGAACAUUUUGUGGCAGAGUCGAGAGCCCAGCCCCAGCCCCCAUCAGUCUGCAGCACUGCGUCCUCCACACCUACAGCUGUCCCUGUGCAGCAGGGCAAGAGAGGCACCAUGGGCUGGCAGAAGGCUGGGCACCCACCAUCCGAUGGCCAACAGAGAGCAGCGCAACAGGGCUCUCUCAGGACCUUGCUUGGAGAUGGUGUUGGCAGACAGCAGACAAGGGCCAAGCAAGUGUGCAAUAUGGAGGCGGGGCUACAGACCCAGGAGAGGCCACCUGCAAUGGCAGCCAAGCACGGCGGCAGUGGACACUGUGUUCAGAACUUUCCCCCAUCCCUGGCUUCAAAACCCAGCCUGGUGCAGCAGAAACCAACUGCCUACGUGAGGCCGAUGGAUGGCCAGGACCAGGCUCCUGACGAAUCUCCUAAGCUUAAGUCAUCUACAGAAACUGCUGUGCACUGCGCAGCCUACAGAGGGGUCCCGGCCAACAAACCAGAGUCAGCCCGAGCCAAGGCUAAGCUUGCCAAGUUCAGCAUCCCCAAGCAAGCAGAGGAGAGCAGAUCUGGAGAAAGCAACAGCUGUGUGGAAGAAAUAAUUCGGGAGAUGACCUGGCUUCCUCCACUUUCUGCCAUUCAAGCUCCUGCCAAAGUGGAACCAAGCAAGUUCCCAUUCCCAAAUAAGGACUCACAACUUGUAUCCUCUGGACACAGUAAUCCAAAGAAAGCUGAUGCGGAGCCAGAGAGUCCAGACAAUGGCGCAUCGAACACUUCAACUCUGGAAGACGACCUUAAGCUAAGCAGUGAUGAUGAAGAGGGUGAGCAGCAGGCGGCCCAGAGAACAGCUCUCCGCGCUCUAGCUGACAGCUCCGUGGUUCAGCAGACCAACUGUAGAGGUUCGGCGCCUUCCAGCAAGGGCGGCAGCAGCAGCAGCAGCGGCGGCAGCAGCUCCUCCAGCGACUCAGAGAGCACUUCCGGCUCCGACUCCGAGACGGAGAGCAGCUCCAGCGAGAGCGAGAGCGAGGGCAGCAAGCCUCCGCACUGCUCCAGCCCUGAGGCCGAACCUGCGUCCUCUAACAAGUGGCAGCUGGAUAAAUGGCUAAACAAAGUUAAUCCUCACAAGCCGCCAAUUCUGAUCCAAAAUGAAAGCCACGGCCCGGAAAGGAAUCAAUACUACACGCCGCCGGUGAAAGAUGAAGGGCAAGACUGCGGGAAACUUACCGAGAUCUGCCAAGCCAGCCUGAGGGACAAGGAGCUCAAGACCACCUGCAAGGAGGAACAGCGGCCGAGGACCGCAAACAAGGCCCCUGGCAGCAAAAGUGUAAAGCAAAAGUCCCCACCCGCUGCGGUGGCUGUGACUGCAGCUGCCCUCCCACCCGCGGUGCCCAGCGCACCCACGGAGAGCGCGCCUGCGCCAACCCGCAGGUCAGCAGGCAAGAAGCCCACCCGGCGCACCGAGAGGACCUCAGCCGGGGACGGUGCCAACUGCCACCGGCCUGAGGAGCCAGUGGCCCCAGACACGCUGGGGGCGAGCGUGGUGGGACCGCUAGAGCCCCCCAAAACCAGGCCCUGCGGUAACAGCAGAACAGGCCACCGCAAGGAGCUGCGCUCCUCCGUGACCUGUGAGAAGCGGCGCACGAGGGGGCUGAGCAGAAUCGUCCCCAAAUCCAAGGAGUUUAUUGAAACAGAAUCUUCGUCUUCCUCUUCCUCCUCGGACUCAGACCUGGAGUCGGAGCAAGAGGAGUAUGUCCUGUCCAAGGCUCCGACCACCACUGGAAGCGAGCAGCGGCUGAAGGAGGCCGCCAGCAGCAGCAGUAGCAGCAACAGCACCUCCCGGGCUUCUGUGGGCUCCAUCAACGCCAGGACCACCAGUGACAUUGCCAAGGAGCUAGAGGAACAGUUCUACACGCUGGUCCCCUUUGGCAGGAAUGAACUGCUAUCUCCGCUAAAGGACAGCGAUGAGGUUAGGUCUCUCUGGGUCAAAAUUGACCUGACUCUCCUGUCCAGGAUCCCAGAACACCUGUCCCAGGAGCCUGGGGUCUUGAGUGCUCCUUCGGCCAAGGACACUGAUAGUGCCCCAGCCAGUCAUGCAUUAGACACACCUGCUGAAAAGACUUUGCCAAAAUCCAAGAGGAAACGCAAGUGCGACAAUGAAGAUGACUACAGGGAGGUAAAGAAGGCCCAGGGAAGGAAGGAGAGCGCCCCACGCCUCGCCACCUCCACUAAUAACACCUUGGCUGGCAACCACUGCAACGUGAACGUCAACAGCUUGGCAAUACCAAUAAACAAAAAUGAAAAGAUGCUCCGGUCACCCACUUCGCCACUCUCAGACACAUGUAAACACAAAUACGCCAGCGAGGACCUGACUUCUUCCAGCCGACCUCACAGCAAUGGGUUGUUGACUUCAGCAUCUUCCAACAAGGAGCCUAAGGCUGAGAGCCAGCUGCAGACGCUUGCUGGGGACCUCACGAAAGCGUCUCACAACAGUUCCGAAAAUGGCUCCCUCCAUAGCAAGUCGAGGCCCCAGACGGAGCCGUGGUCUCCAGGUUCCAAUGGCCACAGGGACUGCAAGAGACAGAAACUAAUCUUCGAUGACAUGCCUCGAAGUGCAGAUUAUUUUAUGCGAGAAGCCAAGCGGAUGAAACAUAAAGCAGACGCCAUGGUGGAGAAGUUCGGGAAGGCCCUGAACUAUGCCGAAGCCGCCUUGUCCUUCAUCGAGUGUGGAAACGCAAUGGAACAAGGGCCAAUGGAAUCCAAGUCUCCGUACACCAUGUACUCGGAGACAGUGGAGCUCAUCAGGUAUGCUAUGAGACUAAAAACCCACUCAGGCCCCAAUGCCACACCAGAGGACAAACAGUUAGCUGCGCUUUGUUACCGAUGCCUGGCUCUCCUAUACUGGCGGAUGUUUCGACUCAAAAGAGACCAUGCUGUAAAAUAUUCAAAAGCACUUAUCGACUAUUUCAAGAAUUCAUCGAAAGCUGCCCAAGCCCCAUCCCCAUGGGGGUCCAGUGGCAAGAGCACUGGAAGCCCAUCCCCCAUGUCUCCCAACCCUUCUCCCGCCAGCUCCGUGGGGUCUCAGGGCAGCCUCUCCAGCUCCAGCGGCCUGUCCCCAUCGACCAUCGUCAGCAUCCCCCAGCGCAUUCACCAGAUGGCGGCCAAUCACGUCAGCAUCACCAACAGCAUCCUUCACAGCUACGACUACUGGGAGAUGGCUGAUAACCUGGCCAAGGAAAACAGAGAGUUCUUCAAUGACCUGGAUUUGCUCAUGGGACCUGUCACCCUGCACAGCAGCAUGGAACACUUGGUCCAGUACUCCCAGCAAGGCCUGCAUUGGCUGCGGAGCAGCGUACACCUGUCCUAGGGACCACACCUUUGAGCCAGACUGUGUUUUCUUCUCUUCAGUGGCUCAAUGUUUCUGGACACUGUGCUACUGACAUUCCCAGCCCAAACACCACAGUGAACAUCUCCUCAGAGCCUAACAACGAUGUUUCUCUGGGGUGUGUGUGUGUUUAGAUGUGGGUUCGUACAAAGCUGCCUGUGUAUGUGUGUAAGAUCAACAGCUCAUCAAAAUGUACUCCCUUUGUCUAGUUUCUAUAAUCCCAGGCUAGACAGUGGUUUGAGGUUCCUCACUGGAGGAAAUCCAUGCAGUACACACGUGCUCACACACUCAGACACAUCCCCCCCCCNCCCCCCCCAGUGCUAAGCCGUUGCCUUCUUAGAAAGUUCCACCGAGAUCUCAUGCGUUGCUGAACCUGGUGCACUCCUGCACCCGGAGAGCGUAACUGCCGAACCUUUCUCUUAUUAUUGGUUCCUUUCAGUAUUAUAUACAAUGCCCCGAUUACUUUUGGUUGUAUAUUAAUGAGCAAUUGAUGAAACAAGCCAGUUAUUUUUGUGCCAGAAGUUCACUAGAGUGCAUGUUUCCAAACGCCUUGCCCCUCCCCUACUACCCUCCCCAACCCCUCAUUAUCUACCAAACACAUUAUAAGCCAAUGGAGGCCCACAAGUGUCCCUUGCCUUGUCCCCACAUCUGGCACCAGGAUUCGGUAAAGGCUCAGCAACAGUGACUGUUCUGGUUCGGAGUGAAAGUCUUCACCAGGUGGCAGUGAGUCCUCCAGGCAUGGACAUUCCCUCUUUCUGCCACUGUGACUCUGUGGCUGUGGUCAGCCAAUCCAUUUCAAGUCUCUUCUUUCUACAGUAGCUUUCUUGCAACUGUUCUCAGCCAAAUGACAACAGUGUCUAGAGUAUGCCGUCCCUAGAGUUGGCUGUUGCUUUACAGACUCAGACACACUCACUGUUGUCACCUGCCUGAUUCUUGCUCGUCACACACCAUGUGCGACUCCAAGCCUUGAGUGACAUUUUGACUUGGGGGACUUUUUUUUUCAAGCUUUCAUUAACAAGCUGCUUACAAUGCAGGGAAAGUUAUCCCUGUGAUGAUCAAAAAUCGGUUUGGAGUAGCAGCAACCAGAGUAUCUUGCUUCUAAUCUUUGUAUUUGGUGUGUUUUUGUCUUGACCAUGGGUCUUGUCUGUUUUUUUGUUUUAUUUUUUGUUUGUUUGUUUUUUUUAAUUGAGUUUGUUUUAGUUUUUCCGCAUCUCAUUUACAGUUAUUGUCUGAAGUUUGUUUUCUCAUGUUUUUUCACCCCCAGAUGUUAGUCUUCUUGUUAAAUAUACGUAGAUCUGAAAUAUUAGUAUAAAGAAACAAGUCCUGUAAACAAGGUACAUCUUACAACACUUUAAGAACAAACCAUUGUCCUUGAGUUACUUGACAGAACUAUACCAGGUCAGCCAGAGGGAGAUAGGCAAGGCCAUCUGCAGAGCCCUGCAUUGCGCAAGGUGGCCGUGGUGUCACAAAGUGUGUGUCCUGCGGUUCCUUUGUCUCCCUGUGAGCUUGACUACAUACACAUACACAUCACCAUCUGUCAGCUUUGUCAGUGGGUGGCAAAUAAGAUUACUCUCAUUUCCCGGCUCCAAGCGUGGAUUCAAAACUAGACAAACAGUCGGGCAUGGUUUGGUGAUUUGCACCAAAGUGGAUUGUAGAAUUUGCAUCUGGCUUUUGCCCUCAAACACUUGAAAUUUUUAGCAGUAUGUUGACUUCAAUUGUUUGGGACCAGAACUGUUUUUAUAAGACGUUAGAAUAUUUGUGAAUACAUGAUAAGGUAUCUUGGGGGAGAGGAUUCAAGUCUAAACAUAAAUCUCAUUUAUGUUUUAUAUAGACCCUGUACACAGGAAAGGAAUGUCUGCAAUAUCGAUUGUAAGCCAUCCCAAGAGGUCAGGCAUGGGAUUUACCACUGGUAUCAUAGCACUGUACAAGAGGUUUUAGAUUCUGGAGCAGCUUAGGUUUGAGAUUCUUGAAAUGAGAAGGUUUUACCUCUGUUUCCAUCUUUGUAUUUAUCUCUACAACAUGCUCCUUGCAUCCCUUUCUCUAACUGUUGGCAGGUCUGUGAUUCCAUCCUGGGUUUAAAGUCUGAAUAUAUGAAAUUGAAUCA